AUGACCUCCAGGUACACUGACGUUAGAGCCCUCAGGCCGUAUCUCAAAUACAAAUAUACCCACAAUGCACCUCUAUCCUUCAGCCGCAUAGCGGCCUCUCGCAUCCCCCUCCCCGCCCGCUCUCCCUCUGCGGCUGUCCAAACACAGACGCCCCACGCUAACACUGGAGUUCUUACUUUAACAACGGGGACUCCCGUUUAA